GUUGAUGUCACCUGCCUCCAGAAGCAAAUAUAAAGCAAGAUGGCCCGGCUGUUCGCCGCCCUGCCUGCUUCACUUCAUGACCAAUGCAUUCACUCUGAAAGCGAUCCCUUGCUAUCCUCUGUCCCCGAGCUCGUGGCAAGCCAAGAAGAAUGUCAGAGAUCAAAGACGUCUCAAGCGGCGCCAAGGCGGACCUUCAGACUGUCGUCAAAGCUGGUUCCCAUGAUGGAGAUACCUUUGCCGCGGCCGAAACCCAGAAAAAGCGUGGCACCCUUUCGGACCUGAUCACAAUCAUCGCCAGUGGUUUUGCCCUGAUCAGCGAUGGAUACCAGAACAACUUGAUGACCAUGGUCAACGUGCUCCUUUCAGCUCAAUACAAGGAGCAGUACACCUCGGCGGUCAAGACUCGGGUUUCCAACGCUCUGCUGGUUGGAGAGAUCAUUGGACAGAUUGUUAUCGGACUUACCUGCGACUACUGGGGUAGGAAGACCAGUCUUGUCUGGACCACAGCAAUGAUUGUGGUCGGAGGCAUCCUGGCCACCGCUUCUAAUGGCUACACAAUCGACGGCAUGUUUUGGAUGCUGACUGUAAGUCGUGGAAUAAUUGGUUUCGGCACCGGGGGCGAGUAUCCCGCCUCAUCGACUUCAGCAUCCGAGGCGGCCAACGACAUGACUCCUAAACAACGUUGGCCGGUUUUCAUCAUGGUGACCAACUUCCCGCUCUCCUUUGGGGGCCCGUUCGCUGUGGCGGUCUUCUUGAUUGUCCUCUCCGCCUGCCACCAGUCACACUACAGCACAGUCUGGCGCGUCUGCUUUGGUAUUGGCUGUAUCUGGCCGCUCUCCGUCUUCUAUUUCCGCUUCCGCAUGAUGAACUCAGCCCUAUACCGCCGCGGCGCGAUCAAGAAACGCGUGCCCUACACACUCGUGGUUAGAUACUACUGGAAAACGUUGAUAGGAACUUGUGGUGCCUGGUUCCUCUACGACUUUGUCACCUUCCCUAACGGCGUCUUCUCCGGUACCAUCAUCUCCUCCGUCAUCAAAGACAACUCCAUCAUGAAGACCGGCGAAUGGCAGCUCUUGCUCGGCGCGAUCGCCCUUCCGGGCGUGUUUCUCGGUGCCCUGAUGUGUAAUCGUCUCGGACCCAAGAAGCUCAUGAUGAUUGGAUUCACCGGCUACCUGGUUUUCGGACUCAUCAUCGGCUGCGCAUACGAUAAGAUCACCAAGAUCAUUCCGCUGUUCGUAAUCUUCUACGGUCUGAUGCAGAGUUUGGCCUCAGCUGGACCGGGCAAUUCUUUGGGGCUUGUGAGCUCAGAGUUAUAUGCGACGGGCGUCCGGGGUACCUGUUAUGGGAUCUCGGCUGCAUUUGGCAAGGCCGGUGGUGCGAUUGGGACCCAGGUGUUCACGCCGAUCCAGGACCAUCUCGGCAAGAAGUGGACGUUCAUCAUCGCGGCGAUCUGUGGCGUGGCCGGUGUCCUGGUCACUUACUUCUUUGUGGAUGAUGUCUCCGGCGAUGACCUGCGGGUGCGCGACGAGAAGUUCCGCGCGUAUCUGGUUGCGCACGGGUGGGACGGCGAUAUGGGCGAGGAUGAUCUGAAGGCGACCGCCGAUGAGGGUAUUCCUUCUGCUAUAUAUGAUGAGAACCAGACGGCGGUCAAGACGACGAAUCACUGA